UAUGUUACUGUGACAGAAGAACAUCGUGCGGUCAAGUUUUUGUGUUCGCAAUGUUUAUUUCGUGUUUAAUAUAUAUAUUUUUAUCAUAUGGACUUUUGUAUACUAAUGGAGAUGAUGCGAAAGUCAGUCUUACAUUUGUUAUUGAUGACACGGGUUCAAUGUACAAUGAUAUAGCUCAAGUUAAGGCUAAGACGAAUGAAGUGUUCGAUGCUGUUUUACACGCAAAUGCUUCGAAAAUAGACGAUUUUAUUUUGAUAACUUUCAACGAUCCUUAUGCGAAAUUACGAACCAUAACGAGAGAUCGAAAUGAAUUUAAAAGAGCCCUUAGUUCUAUAAGUGUCGAUGGUGGGGGUGACUGCCCAGAGUACACGAUGGCUGGAAUUGAACUAGCUUUAGAGAAAAGCAAAUCAAAUUCAUAUUUCUAUGUAUUCACGGACGCAUCGGCCAAAGAUUAUAAUCAAUUCGACCGGAUAAAGAGUUUAAGCCAAAAGAAAUCAAUCCAGGUAUCUUUUCUCCUAACUGGCAUUUGCGGGAGUUUAAAUGAUCGAGACUAUCUUGUUUUUGAGGAACUUUCUGAAGCAACGUCAGGACAAGUGUUUCAUAUUAAAAAGCACGAUAUCAAUAAGAUAAUAAAUUACAUCAUAGCAUCGAUCACACACAAAAAGACAACUUUACGCCAAAAACUUUAUGAAAACGGCAGUUUAAAGAAAUUGACGUUCACUGUAGAUAGUAAGGUGUGGGAUGUUAUAAUAUCUAUAUCAGCGAAAAAUCCAAAGAUUAAGGUCAUUGAUCCGGAUGGCAAUGUUGCAGUCACAAAAGAUAUUUCAACUACAGAGAUGUCAUAUAUGGGCAAAUUGAACACAAAGCCUGGUGUUUAUACGAUCGAAUUAUCCAGUAAUAGUAAAACUUCAGUAGUUGUAACUGGAUCCACUUCUGUUUCCUUCCAACAUGGCUUCGCAUACGUCAAACCUGCGUCCAUAAAUGAAACAUCUACUAUGCCUGUUCCAGGUGUGAAGUCAUAUCUAUCGAUAGCUUUAAAUAAUGACAAAAAAGACGUCGUUUUGAAAACAGCUGAACUAAGAGAUCUGGAUGAUAACGUAAUCAAAGAACUACCGUUGACAUUAAUAGAUCCAGAGAAGCAAUUCUACAUAACAGAUCCUUUUAUUCCGCCAAGUACAUUGUUCAAAAUUGCGGUAAAUGGCUUCACAGAAACAAAUGAAAAAAUAACGAGGAUAUCAUCAACGACGGUAGAGCUACAGAAACCAGAAUUGGAAAAGUCUUUGACCAAAAAAUCGCCCCAGGUAACUCUUCUAAGCGAUGACAAAAUUGAAGUUGAAUACGGCCAAGCUGUUGAUAUUAAAUGCAAAUUGCACGGAUUUCCUAAGCCUGAUGCCUUGUGGGAAGGUACAUCGGGCAUCACAGGACCUGCUACGGUAGUGCCAGUCGAUCUCCCAUAUGACUAUAUGACUGUUCUCACAAUCGAUAAGGUGGUUGAAAAUUCAACAAUUACUUGCAAAGCUAUAAAUUCAGAAGGAGAGAGUUCUAAAUCAGUGAAAAUUGAAAUAAAAACCUACUUGAACGUGAUUGAAUAUCCCAAAGACAUAACACUUGAAUAUGGCAAAACAAUUGAUUUAAAAUUUAUAAUUAACGCUUCUCCGCCUGCAAUAAUAAGUUGGUACAAAAAUGACAAGCAAAUCACUGUAAACGAUAAUUACAACCUUUCAUCUGACAAUACAAUUUUAACAAUAAGAAAUAUGCUUCCAAAACUAAAAGGAAAAUAUACAGUCAAAGCAUUCAAUGAUAACACGGAAAGAAACGUUACAUUUAACGUUUCCAUAAUCGGAGCCGAACCACCUGUAAUCGAUAAAUCUGUAACUACAUAUUUUGCUAAGGAAGGUUCUGAUGUAGAUAUAAAUUGCAGAUUAUUAAAGGGUAAGCCGAUACCAACGAUAUCUUGGUCGCUGGUCGUUGAUGACAGUACUGAAAAUAAAGAAUUAGAUGAAACAGGAGAAACAAUUCACAUUACAAAUAUUAAAACCGACGAUACUGGAAAUUACAUAUGUUUGGCGCGUAAUGAAAUCGGAGAAGACUCUCAUAGCACUGAACUAUACGUUGAGUACCCUCCAUCGAUCGAAGAAGGUGAUGAAACCCUAAAUAUAGUGAAAGGUGAUCAAGUAACUCUAGUCUGUUCUCUGAAUGGUUUUCCCUAUCCUGAUAUACGAUGGUUUAAAAAUAAAUCUGAAAUUAAUGAUACUAGUAAAUAUCGUACUCACAACAAUAACGUCCUGCGAUUCAGAGGUUCACUUAGCGAUGCUGGUAUUUAUACAUGUGAGGCAUCCAACGCUCUUGGAAGGGCAGAAAGAAAUAUUAAUUUGAAUAUAUAUGGUCCUGUCCAAAUCGAACCUCCUACAGAAAGUGUUCUGAAUAUAAUAGUUGGAAAUUCUUUGGAGUUACCUUGUGUUGCUGAAGGUUAUCCCGAGCCAAAAACGAAAUGGAUUUUCAAAAAUUUCGAUCCGAAAUCUUUACCGAAGCUAUUAAGAGCUGAUAGAAUGAACUCUAUCAAAAUACCACGAGUCCAAAUUGAAGAUGAAGGGUUUUAUGUUUGUAAGGCACGUAAUUAUGCUGAUACAGCUGUUAUUACGUAUGAAGUUCAUGUAUUAGCACCUCCUUUUAUUAAAAACAAGUUACCGGACAAAACUUUAAAUGCUGUGGAAGGGGACUUAGUGUUACGAAUUCCAUGCGAGGCUGUUGGUAAACCAAAACCAACUGUAUCUUGGAUAGUGGACGGAUUGAAACUUGCUCUAGGGACUGACAUGUUUGGUAUUGAAGAAGACGGAACAUUAAUAAUUAAAAAUGUGAAUAAAUAUUCCACGGGUACAUAUUUAUGCAAAGCUGAAAAUUCACUAGGUCAUGUUUCAGAAGAAUUCUAUGUCAAAGUUUACCCAUAUCCAAGAACACGUAACGUCCCUGUCAAAGAGUUAAUAGAAGAAGGGACAUCAGCUAACAUUGAAUGUGAACCUUCGCAUGACGUUGGAGAUUUAAUUCGUUGGUAUAAGAAUGGAGUACUCAUUUCAACUGGUCCCUUGACCUUGCGCCGUGCUUCGCCAUCAGAUUCAGGGUUAUACAGUUGCAGAGUGAGCAAUUAUGUAUCAUCGCAUUCAUCUCACAAGAUGGUCAUCGUUGGGCGUAAACCUCGUUUUAAUUCUGAGGAAGAAACUAGAAUUGAAUUUUUUGAAGGAGCAAACGUUUUCUUCGUAUGCAGCGCUACUGGAUUUCCAAAUCCAACCAUCACGUGGUCUCACAAUGGGAGGAAAAUUGAAAAAACGUCUGCCACAAUUGAUCUCGUAAUGAAAGUUAGUGAUAUUGGAGAGUACGAAUGCCAAGUGUCGAACGAUUUCGGUAAAAUUAGCCGUACCUUUAAUAUUGUCGCUGAUGAUUGUUUGUUAAACAUUGAGAAUAACUUUAAUACAUACAAACCGCUUAUACUGUCGCUUAGCAAACGUUGGCCUCUAUUUGAAAUAAAUGGUAGCUUCAUGAGAAUACCCAAAAACACUAAAUUCCUAUUGGUUUGCCCAACGAGCUAUAUAACCCACAAAAGUACAAACUUUGGCCAACAGAGGUUGGCAAGCUGUGUUGGAAAUACGGAAUUUCAAAUAAUAGGAAAAAAUAUCGAUUUCGAGGAUUUAAAUUGUAACGAGGAAAUUAAACCACUGUCGAAAAGCACUGGAUUGCAUUGCAGCAGGGGUAACACAGAGCUAUUGAAAGUCGGUUACAGCUUGCGGUCCGAAUUUCUGGGUGUCUACGAUAUCUGCUUCGAUAAAGAUAAAAAUGUUACGUUAUAUUCAAGGCACCAUAUUCACCGAUCUCUGGCAGAUAGAGUUCCUGAUAUUCCAAUUAAAUUUACUGGCAGUAAUCACUUACCUAAAGAUUUUAAUGCAAUAUACAAAUGUAGAGAUAAAUGUUGUUUCGCUAAAAAGCAACUCGUGAAUCCCAGGGAUGUGUCUCCAGGAUUCCCACAAGUGGCAACUUACAACGAUUUAAAUGUUUUACCACACUGGAGCACGUGCGGCACAGAGAAUUGGGACGAGGUUGAGCGAAGAGUGAGGUCUCUUGUGAAAUUCCUUGAUUUCAAACUAUCAGUUUGGACUGGAGCGUUUUAUGAUAAAAGUACUGAUGCUGGGAUUAUUUUAAGAUCUUCAGAUCAACCUACACCACAGUAUAUGUGGAAGGUAAUCCGAAAUUUACAAGAGCAACAAGCCCUCGCAGUCAUUCAAGUAAAUAAGCCUAAUUUAACCAAAUCUGAAGCUGCACGUCAUAUGCUUUGUAAAGAUGUAUGUGGUGACACAGAAUGGAUGAGGAAUCCUGAAUGGCGAAACGUUACCAAAGGUUUUACCUACUGUUGCAGUUUGACAGAUUUCAAAAAGGCAUUUGGUUACGAAAACAUCUUUAAGGGUAAAGCAAAUCUUUUAAGAAAAAUGCCACUUGUUUCCGAGCACUCCUUAACGUAAAUAUAUAAAUUAUUCGAAUUAU